GCGGCGGCGGUCAGGUUGGAUGCUAUGGAAUAUGAUGAGAAGCUGGCCCGGUUCCGGCAGGCCCACCUCAACCCCUUCAACAAGGAGCCUGGGCCAAGGCAGCAUGAGCAGAGGGCCAGUGAGGACGCCCCAGAAGUCACUCCUGAACAGGCCCUGCCCGAGCUGCCACCUGGAGAGCCAGAGUUCUGCUGCACUGAGCGAGUGAUGGAUCUCGGCUUAUCUGAGGACCACUUUUCCCGCCCUGUGGGUCUGUUCCUGGCUUCUGACAUUCAGCAGCUGCGGCAGGCUAUCGAGGAGUGCAAGCAGGUGAUUCUGGAGCUUCCCGAGCAGUCGGAGAAGCAGAAGGACGCUGUCGUGAGGCUCAUCCACCUCCGGCUGAAGCUCCAGGAGCUGAAGGACCCCAAUGAGGAUGAGCCCAACAUCCGAGUCCUCCUGGAGCACCGUUUCUACAAGGAGAAGAGCAAGAGUGUCAAGCAAACUUGUGACAAGUGUAACACCAUUAUCUGGGGGCUCAUUCAGACCUGGUACACCUGCACAGGCUGCUGCUACCGCUGUCACAGUAAGUGCUUGAACCUCAUCUCCAAGCCCUGUGUGCGCUCCAAAGUCAGCCACCAAGCCGAAUAUGAGCUGAACAUCUGCCCCGAGACAGGGCUGGACAGCCAAGAUUACCGUUGUGCCGAGUGCCGGGCGCCCAUCUCUCUGCGAGGCGUGCCCAGCGAGGCCCGGCAGUGUGACUACACGGGCCAGUACUACUGCAGCCAUUGCCACUGGAAUGACCUGGCCGUCAUCCCUGCGCGAGUCGUGCACAACUGGGACUUUGAGCCGCGCAAGGUGUCCCGCUGCAGCAUGCGUUACCUGGCGCUGAUGGUGUCUCGGCCGGUUCUCAGGCUGCGAGAGAUCAACCCUCUGCUGUUCAACUAUGUGGAGGGUCUGGUGGAGAUCCGGAAGCUGCGCCAGGACAUCCUGCUCAUGAAGCCGUACUUCAUUACUUGCAAGGAGGCCAUGGAAGCUCGUCUCCUCCUGCAGCUCCAGGACCGGCAGCAUUUUGUGGAGAACGAUGAGAUGUACUCCGUGCAGGACCUGCUGGACGCGCACACAGGCCGCCUCGGCUGCUCCCUCACGGAGACCCACACGCUCUUCGCCAAGCACAUCAAGCUGGACUGUGAGCGGUGUCAGGCCAAGGGCUUCGUGUGUGAGCUCUGCAGAGAGGGUGACGUACUCUUCCCCUUCGACAGCCACACGUCCGUGUGCACCGACUGUCGUGCCGUCUUCCACAGGGACUGCUACUAUGACAACUCCACCACGUGUCCCAAAUGUGCUCGGCUCACCUUGCGGAAGCAGUCACUCUUCCAGGAGCCUGGUCCAGACGUGGAUGCCUAGAGCAACAGGAAUCCCUCCCAGGCCUCUCUGGCAUCCAAACUGCUGGUCA